UAAACUUUGAUUUCUUCAACAAGUCACGCAAACAAUGAAUCCUUCGUCCAAUGUCACACAAGGCCCUAGCCAUGGUAAACCCAAGGGUUGGUCGACUGAUCUUUGCGAAUGUUGGAUGGACAUAAACUCAUGUUGCUUGACAUGUUGGUGUCCGUGUGUUGCCUUUGGACGCAUCGCCGAGAUUGUUGACAGAGGAGGAUCAUCUUGUGGUGUGAGCGGAGCGAUGUACAUGAUCAUAUUCAUGCUUACUGGAUACGCAGGGAGCAGUCUCUACUCUUGCUUUUACCGAACCAAACUUAGAGGCCAGUACAAUCUCAAGGAGAGACCUUGUUGUGAUUGUUGCGUCCACUUCUGCUGCGAGCCGUGCGCUCUCUGUCAAGAGUAUAGGCAACUUGAACACAAACGCGCCUUCGAUUUGUCUAUUGGGUGGCAUGGGAACAUGGAACGACAGGCACGGAUGGCUAUGUCUGCUUCUGCGUCUGCGGUUCCUCCACCACAUCAAGUGCCCAUGUCUAGGUUGAAUUAGAUUGGUUCUUUAAUUUCUGUAAUAACUAUUAGUUGUUUGGAUCAUGUGACUUAAAUUUGUAUUAACUCUUUAAGUGUCAUUCAUUACUUCUUCUAUUAAAACUUGUGAAAGUAUAUGGGGGCAGAUGAAAGUAUAGAUUGUAGUU